CUCUCUCCAAUGGGAAGAGCACCUUGCUGUGAGAAAGUUGGAUUGAAGAGGGGUAGAUGGACAUCUGAAGAGGAUGAGAUCUUGAUGAAAUACAUCCAAGCCAACGGAGAAGGGUCAUGGAGGUCAUUACCUAAGAAUGCAGGUUUGUUGAGGUGUGGGAAGAGCUGCAGACUGAGGUGGGUUAACUACCUUAGAGCUGAUUUGAAGAGAGAGAAUAUCUCUCCUGAAGAAGAAGAAAUCAUCAUCAAGCUACAUGGUUCUUUUGGUAAUAGGUGGUCUCUGAUAGCUGGGCAUCUACCAGGGAGAACUGAUAAUGAGAUCAAGAACUAUUGGAAUUCUCAUCUGAGUAGGAGACUUCACAGCUUCAAGGGACCUAAUGAUGAAGUGGCUGUGAUAAUCGACAUUGGCAAGAUAACUGGUGGGCCCAAGAGAAAGGGUGUUAAAUCAAGCAGGUCUGCCAUGAAAAAGGGCCCCACCAAUGAGGAAAUGAGGAAAGAUGAAGAACAUGACACAGGUGGAGGCUUUUCAACCAUGCCCCUCACAGACAAAGGGGACCCAAAAGACAAUUUUGGUGAGAAUGAGGAGAGAGAGAGCAUGUUGUUGGGUGGUUCCUACAAUGAGAAUGGGGUGGGGAUGGCCCAUGGUGAGGAGUUAGAAAGUGUCUUUGGCCCACCUCAAGUGCUAGAGGAUGUGAUCUUUUCUUGUCCUGAUGACAGCAUGGGAAGUGGGGUAAUGGGCCCCACUGAGGAGAGAGAAAAUCUGACUGUGGGCCUAUUUCUAGAGAGUGAAAGUGGGAGCGUGGGCCCCAUUGAAGGGAUUGAAGAUGAUUUCUUCUUCCUUGAUGAAGUGAUAGAAAGUGGGAUGAUGGUUGUUGCAAAUGAGGAGAGAGAAACUGGGGUGAGGGGUGCUGAUGAGGAGAGAGAAAAUGGGGUCAUGGGUCUGAAGGAUGAGAGAGAGAAUGGUGUGAUGGAUGAGACUAGCUCACCCAUGGCCUCUUGUUUUGAUCAGUUGGGGCGCUUGCAAGAUGAAUGGUUGGAUUGGGAGUGGGAUGGAGUGUGGGACAAGGUGAUGGAGGGUAGAGAGGAGAUGGUUUCAUGGCGGUGGGAGAGUGAUAGUGGAGAAGGAAAAUGCCAUAUUACGGAAAGCGAGAAGGAAAAGUUCACUGCUUGGCUACUAUCUGCUGAUACAAAUUGCAUUUGAAAAUUCCAAAAAGGGUUUAUUGUAAAUCUAAUAAAUACUCUGUAAUAAAAUGAUUGCCAUUGCAUGCAAUGGAGAUUGAUUGGUCAAGGCUCUGUGGGACUCUGGCAAAGAGCGACCUUAGUUUUAAAUGCAUUUUCAAGAUACUGCUAUUCUGGAAUAUUCAUUGCAUGGUUGGAUCUCCUUCUCUCUGGUGGGUCCAUCUUAUAAUAGAAGCUUAUUUUCAUCCACACAGCUGUAACAUUGCAUGAUAAAUUUGUACGUGCACAAACAGAAUAUCUAUGAAAUGAACUCUCUCCUUAUUUAUUUCA